GGUGCGCGUAUGCAGUUGUCGGCAGUGCCGUGUGUGUGCGUUCGUCAAGCGGUUUCGCGAUUUACGCGGUGAAAUACCACGCCGGUGCGGUGGUCGCUGUCGCCGAUUGCGAUAUCGCGACCGUAUUGUUUUCGUAUAUCGCCGUGGUAACGCGUCGUGUUCGCGAUUCUGAUCUCGCCGCGCGUCACACCGGACCCGUUUUGUUCCGUCGUUUUUUCCAAACGCGGCGGCGUCGGCCGUGUUGAAGUUGCCCGACGUGCACGCGGUCUUCUCCCGCCUCACUAUAAGGUGUCGCCGACGGUAUUAUAAUAAUAAUAAUAUUAUUUUACGUCGUCGCCACACACAGCAAAUCGUCGUCUCCGCUUCAGCGUCGAGUAAACGUCACCAUAAAUAUUUGCGAUGAGAGUGAGCCGAAGAUAUUUUGAACUCAUGGUUUCUGUGAUCAAUCCAUCGUCGGAUCUAUAUCAUCACAGUCCUUUAGCACCUUUGGCGUCAUUCGACUCAUCCGUUUCUGGAAUUGAAUCGUCCAGUACACAAUCGGAAAAAAAUUGUCUGUUCAAAGACUUCAUAUUAAAUGAUAAAUGGAGAAGUAUAUUUGAUAAAUAUGACCCUGAAGGUUUUGGUGAAAUUCCGUGGAACGAUUUCUUGAUGUUAUUGAAUUCGUCGGAUUUCGUGAAAUUUAUAUCUCAGGAGAAACGUGAUAUCCUCCUAGAACGAGCUCGCCUAUCAAAUACGUCGGCUAUAACUUUUCAAGAUUUCGUCAAUAUCAUGUCCGGCAAAAGGAGACGGAGUUUUAAAUGCGCCAUUCAUCACAGGGACAAAGAAAUUAACAGCGAAAACGAUUUUCAUAUUAUAUUUCAAGAACCAACGUUACACCAAAAAAUGGUACGUUUUGUAGCAGAGGAGUUCUUGACGGACGAAAGAGAUCGAAAAUAUUAUGCGGACAAUUAUCGCUGUUGCCCACCUCCACUCUUUAUACUACUCAUAACAAUUUUUGAGUUGGGAACCUAUCUAUAUUACUACUCUCUAACUUUGGGUUCUACACCUGCUCCCGGUGACAUAUGGGCAUCAGUUGCCGCUCCUGUGCCAAUGGACAGCGUGUUCAUUUAUAGACCUGACAAACGACAACAAUUAUGGAGAUUUAUGUUGUACAUGUUCUUACAUGUUGGUUGGGUCCAUUUAAUAUUCAAUUUGACCGUCCAAUUGCUUGUGGGUCUUCCAUUAGAAAUGGUGCACGGUUCACUCCGAAUAGGGGUUGUAUACAUGGCUGGUGUGUUAGCAGGUUCCUUGGGUACAUCAGUUUUUGAUAGUAACGUGUAUCUCGUUGGUGCAUCAGGUGGAGUAUACGCUCUACUGGCUGCUCAUUUAGCUAAUGUUAUGUUGAAUUAUAACAACAUGGAAUUUGGAGUGUUUCGGUUGCUUGGCAUAUUGUUUAUCGCCAGUGUGGACGUCGGCUUCGCCGUGUACUGCCGUUACGCCUUCGAACCGUCGUCGAACGCUCCGCCCGUUAGCUACGUCGCCCACAUAGCCGGCGCGCUGGCCGGUCUCACCAUCGGUUUGCUGGUGUUGAAAAACUUCGAGCAAAAGCUCCACGAGCAACUCAUAUGGUGGUUCGCACUCGGCGUGUACGCCAUUUGUACACUGUUCGCGGUCGCGUACAACUUGAGCCAUCCCUGUUGAGAAGACCGAUCUACACAUGGUCUACUUAUGCAUAAAUACACAUUUAUAAAUUUUAUGUGUGUGUGGCGAUGGAAAUACGGUGUGGCAGUCCGAAGUUGUGAUCGAGAAACGCGUAAUGCGUAUUACUAAAUUGGUCACCGUCCCGUCGCCGAUCCAUAUACUAUACAUAUUAUCAUUUUAUUCUUCCACGUGUAAAAAUCUAUUCGUACUGUCCAAUUUUAUUCGUUUUUUUUUUUCAUUAUUAUUAUUAUUAUUAUUUGUUUUCCUCACCUUGUUUGUAUUUAAUAAUUUAUAUCAUGAUAUAUUAUAUAUUAUUAUAUAAUAUAUUAUACUUUAUAUCUAUCGUGUCUGUGAUUUUUUCGUCCGAGUUUACAAUCAUCGUUAUAAUAUUAUUGUUAUUCAUUCGAAAUGCACGGACUAGUACAAUAUUAGAAUUCUAGGCAAUUAUAAUAAUCAUCAUCAUAUUAUCAUGUUUUAUAGACACAUAUUGCGCAAUACGCACUAUUUUGUUUUCAGUUUGUCCGAAAAUUUAAAGUACGAAAUAGUUAGUUGAGUAGGGGUUGACGCUGUUAUAAUAAUUUAUUAUUAUUAAUAAAUUUAGUUUUUUCGCUGUAAUAAAAAAUUAAUUUUAAUUUUUAAUUU